CCCCCCCGCCCGGUGCCCGGAAACCUGGCUGCUCCCCACCCACGUCCCCGGGCCUGCAGCGGGGCAGGGAGCUGUGGGGGGGGCUCCCUGGGCUCAGGCACCAGCGGCUUCCUCACCCCACUCGGGCUCGGCUGCGACCCAGAAAAUAAAUGAAUGCUAAUGGGACAGCCAUUUCCCUGAAGUUCAGGUUUUCAGGCUGGCUGCCAUGAUGGUGUAGAUUUAUCCUUGGACACAUUUGGAGUAAACUACAGGCUGGUGUACAUAGGAGCAACCACUGUGGCGUGGAGUUGAAGUAAUGAAGGAUGAUCAGUCUUUGAAUUCAAUCGAGCAGCAAGCUUUGAAUUCAAUCAUGCAGGAUUUGGCUGUUCUUCAUAAGGCUAGUCGUCCUGCAUUGCCAGUACAAGAAACAGGAAAACCAAAAUCAUCUUCACCCAAAAAACAGAAUGAUGUUAGAGUCAAAUUCGAACACCGAGGUGAAAAAAGGAUUCUACAAUUUCUCAGGCCUGUGAAACUAGAAGAUCUUGCGUCUAAAGCUAAAGUUGCUUUUGGACAGCCUAUGGACUUGCAUUACAGCAAUAAUGAGCUGGUGAUUCCAUUAACUACACAGGAUGAUUUGGACAAAGCUGUUGAACUGCUAGAUCGUAGUGUUCACAUGAAGAGCCUCAAGAUAUUGCUUGUAAUACAUGGAAAUUCACAGGUUCCUGUCCUAAGUAACAUGGAACCAUUGGCAUCACUGGAAGAUUUGGAUAAUACAGUGUUUGGAGUGGCAGAGAGUAAAAACAGGCUGUCUGUAAUAGGUUCUAAUACACGUGAUAGAAGUUCACCUCCCCCGGGAUACAUUCCAGAUGAGCUGCACCAGGUGGUACGAAAUGGAUCAUUCACUAGUAUCAAUAGUGAAGGCGAGUUCAUUCCAGAAAGCAUGGAUCAAAUGCUGGAUCCAUUGUCCUUAAGCAGUCCUGAAAACUCCGGCUCAGGAAGCUGUCCCUCACUUGACAGCCCUUUAGAUGGGUAAGAACUACUUGCAUUUAGCACUUCUUUCUGCUAGAUUGUUUGAAAGUACCUACCACGGAACAUAGUAACUCAACCUUCAGAAACAAUUUCUAGGUGUAUUUUUUUCAAAUGCACAUACACACACGCACAAAAGCAAGAACAAUAUAACUUACUGGGAUUUAACUGCUUACUGAUGCACAGAAGAGAAGAGUGCCAUAUCAACCUGUUGUUUUUGAAGAUGCAUGAAAUUUAAAACAUCAGUUUCUGGACUUGCUGCAUUUUGUUGCACACAGAUUUAUUGUAAAUCUGGCCAUUGUUGUCUUGUUUGUAAAUUGAGUCUAUUCCACAACCAUGAAUUACUCCUUUAAACAUGCACUUUAGAUAUUGACAUAAUCUGCAAGAAACUUCCAUUCUACUAAUGGAUUACCCAGCACUGUGCUUAAUAUU